AUGAGUACUGCCAGAUUCAAAAAAACAGAAUUUAGAAUAUAAGAGAUGUAAACUGAAAUAGAUGCUCUUAUGACUUAACUCUAAUCCAACUCUAAGAAUGUAUCCUCAUCUUAAUCAGAGCAAUUGUAGAUGCUGAUCGAGGAUUUACAUUCUACUAAUUUUCAAACUUAAGAGCUCUCCAAGGAAUCAGAUUAAUUAACAGAUGCAUUAUAUUCUCAAUCAGAUCAUGAUGUGAUAUUAACAUAAGCAUAAAUGAAAAAAAUAUAAGGUUCCUUGAAUCAGUUCUUAUCAAUCACAAAAUAAGUAAUUUAAUUUUUACAAAUUAGAAUCUCUAAAAUGUAGAGAAAGAAAUAGAAUUGAUUGAGAAGAGUUUGCAAACUAUAUAAGAAUAAAACAAAGUCUAUACAGAAAGCCUAAGUAAAUUUAGAGAUAAUCUAAAAAUGUGUGAUACUUAAGUUGUUAAAGUGCUUGAUCAAACUGCAUAUAAUAAUUGGAAUAAAAUUAAGUAAUUUUUUGAUGUUGAUAUAAUUUAAACUUCUGUUCCAUUAGGUCUUAUUAUGAAAGUAUAAUUAUACAUUCUUAAAUUAACAGAAGCCUGUAAUUCUAAUUCAAUUAAAGCCAAAUAAUAAAUUAAUGAAGAUCUAACAGCUCUCUUAAUUGAGAUUAAUUCGUAAAAUUAAUUAUUUUAAAACAUUAACUUACUUGAAUAGUAUAUAAUGGGAAUUUUAAAAUCUAAUAAUAAGGUUAAUCUAUUUAUAUUCAUUUAAAAAUGUAUGAAUUCUAUGCAUUUUAACUUUUGUUAAAUAGCAUAAAUCUUUAAUCAGCAUAAUAUUUCCUAUAAAAUAUAAUAAUCAAUUUCAUAAGAAAUAGGCACUAAGAAUUAAUGUUUAAAAUCUUUAUAAGUUAAGAAAUCUUAAUUUAUGAUUGAGAUGGAAAAAUUCAAAAAAUAAAGUAAAGAACUAACUACAUAAGUUGCACAAUUAGAAAAAUAACUUGAAAAAUAAAUAGAAGCUGAAACAUAGCAUCUUUUAGCUAUGUACUUGAGAGAUAAAGAAUAGAGUAUAUCUGAAAUUAAAAAAAAAUAUGGUAAGAAAUAUUUUGAUAACAUGCUGUCAGAUGUAAAACAAGAGUUUAAGAAAAUUUGUCUAAAUUAAUAAGUCUUAUAUGCCAACAGUAUUGAAUAAGCUUUCUUAAGAGUAGAUGUAAUUAAUACUUAGUUAAUGAAUAAUAAAACUAAAGCCCAACAAUUAAUUUAACAAUAUUCUUAAUAAAAAUUUAAAAAGGCUAGUAGUGUAAUAAUUUAAUUAAAUGGAAUUGAUAAAAGGGAAUAUUUAUUGGAAUUAUAAUAAUGUAAGAUAUAGCUGUUAUAAAUUGAAAAUAAAGUAGAGAGAAAAAUGAUUAUUUAAGAUUUAGAUGAAUUGUUAUUACAAAUUUAAUAUCAAAUCAAUGAUAUCAAAUUAAGAAUCUAAGCAAGCAACGUACCUCAGAAAAUUAGAAGUGAUUCAAUUGAUACAUAAAGAAAGACUAAUAGAACAAUUGAACAUCACAGAUCAUAAUCAUAAACUCCUAUUCAGUCCCCUCAAAUACCUGUACCUUAAAUUACUCUUUAAUUAUUAAAUAUUAAUUUGCCAAUCAAUAAUCCUAAAGAAAUAUUCGAUUCUAGUGAAGAUCCAAUUAAAUCUAAUAAUAGUUAAUUGUAACUAAGUUUUUGUGAAAAUUAAAGCAAUAAAAGCAAAGAUCAAGAAAAGCUGAGUAAAACUAUUUUAGUUUAAUUUAAUUCAAGUAGUAGAAUUACAUAAUAAUCUAAUAAUAUUGAUAGUCUUACUAAUUCUAGAAAUGAUGAGAAUUAAAAUAAUUAAAAUAAUUAGUAAAAUUAGCAUUAAUCAAAUCCAUAAAAAAAACCGUAAUUAAAGGAAGUUAGAAAUAUUAUGAAUAAUUCAGAAUAAAUUUAAAAUAGUUUAAAAUCGAGUAGAACAAAAAAAGAGACUUAGCAAAAAUAGAAUAAUGAAUUUAUACAGAAAAACAAGUUGAAUAUUUUAAUUUAUUUAAAAACCUAAGAAUCAGACAUUGCAUAUGAUCCUAUUUUAAAUUAUGAUCAUGAUCCCUAUACAUUUGGGUAUAGACUUUUUAGGAUAGAUAAUUAAUUGAAUGUAAAUUAUUGGCAAUAAUAUAUAGAUUUAUAAAUCUUCAGAGGAAAAAAUUAAUUUAGAAAAUUUUGAAAAUUUAGAAGAUCUUAUAAAUCAAUUUACUAUAAAAUAUACUUAAUUAGAAAAUAUUAAAGAUAUUGAAAUUGUAAAUAUAAUUAAAUAAUUUUUUAGAAUAAUUGUAGUUUGACAGCAUUAAAAUUUUAAAAUAUAUAUGAGUCUACACUUAGACAUGCUUGUGUUGACAGUUUAGCUCUAAGACAUUUGAGAGUUCGCUUUUUUCCUUUUGUUUUUUUAGGACAACAACAAUCCCAAUUAGGAUUGGCUGUCAAUAAAGAUGAUAUUUAAUCUUUAUAGAAGCUAUUCUCAAAAUGA